GCGAUUGGCCUGGUAGCUGUGGGGCUCCUCGCUUUCCUGCUCGGCUGUCCCGGAACCUUUGCCGAACCUCAAAAUUCGGAGCUAGCCGCCAAGGUCAGAUGUGGGGUGGCGGGCGGAGGAUCCCAGCCUCCCUCGGGAAAAAACCCCCGCCACCAGCCUCUGUUGGUGGGAGACGGCGGACUGCGCUUCCUCGGGGUUGACCGCACCCGGUGCCGUCGCGCUGAGCGCCAGAGGCCCUGGGUCCCCGACGGACGGAUGCCCAGCGUUUCCUCCUCCGUGCUCGGUCGCGACUUCGGCAGCCUGCCGCCGGGGCUGGUGCUCUCGCUCGCUGCGCAGAUGACAGAGCGAUCCGCCCGCGGGAUGUCAUCCCGGACGCGGUCUGGCAGGCGCCUCCACCGACGGACUUCGGGAUGCGCCCCCUUUGCCAGCCCCACCCGGCGUGGGCAGCCUUGGGGGUCAGGCACGUGGGAGUAGCGGGUGUUUUCAGAUCCCCCCGGAGAAAAUGGAGCCAGAGUCUCUACCUGUUGGACAGCUGGGCUUGGCUAGCGCCGUGACUCGCUUCCCUCUCCCACUCUCCCGCUCUCCUUUAGUGCUCCCUGCUCGGCAGCUGAAAGAAUGAUCUCGCCUCCACCAUGGAAAUCAACAGCGUCAGUAACACGGGGCUGUUCAACGGCGUCUACAAAACAGCAGUCUCGGACUCUGGCCUGCCCAUCCGGCCAUCCCCGCUUGUGGGUGUCCAGCACCUGGGGGACCAGCCCGUCUUUGGCUUCACCGUCAACUGGAGCUUCGAUGGCUCCACCGCCGUCUUUGCGGGCCAGUGUCUGGUGGACGAGAAAGGAAAGGAGCAGCUGAAGACAACUUGGCUACUGCGUGCGAAGAUGGGAUCCACAGCAGAGGAUUGGGGGGCGACCCGUGUUGGCACAGACACUUUCUACCGCACCAAAUGAGAGGCUGAAGAGAGCAAGGCUUCCCCCUUUUUGCCUUGGGGAGCCUUGGGGAGUGACCCUUCCAACCUCACCCAACAGAUACUCUUCUCCAAUAAAAUGUUUGCCUGAGCA